AGCAAAAGAAGAAGCAAAAAGCAUCACACCUAAUGAAUUUAUGAUUUAACGGUACCUUAGUUUGCAUAAAAGGAUUUGAAAAUCUUGUCUGUCUCACUCUCAAAGGAAUUUAUGCAACAAGACAGCGACACAAGGUUCCCACUUCCAGAUCUACUUCUGUUCUGUCAGUCACCACAGAUAGUUUAACUCCACUCACCUCUCACCGCAACCUUAACUUACUAUGUACCUUUCUUCUUCUUUUCUUUGUGUAAAGUUUAAAACUUGAAGCAAAACCAAUUGCCCCAUUUGCCAUUUGGUGGUAAUAAUCGAUCGAUGGAGUUCACUGAAUCUUACAAGCAAACGGGUCCCUGUUGUUUCUCUCCCGACGCUCGCUUCAUUGCCGUUGCUGUUGAUUAUCGUCUCGUCAUUCGGGAGACCGUUUCUUUCAAGGUUGUGCAGUUGUUUUCAUGCUUAGACAAGAUUAGCUAUAUUGAAUGGGCCCUUGAUUCUGAAUAUAUUCUUUGUGGUCUCUACAAAAAGCCAAUGAUACAGGCUUGGUCACUGACCCAGCCAGAAUGGACAUGCAAGAUAGAUGAAGGACCUGCUGGUAUUGCAUAUGCGAGGUGGAGCCCAGAUAGCCGCCACAUACUCACCACAUCAGAUUUCCAGUUGCGUUUAAUUGUUUGGUCAUUGUUAAAUACAGCUUGUGUGCAUUUACAGUGGCCAAAGCAUGCUUCCAAAGGAGUUUCUUUCACUCGAGAUGGAAAAUUUGCAGCAAUAUGCUCAAGGCGUGAUUGCAAGGACUAUAUAAAUCUGUUAUCUUGUCACACAUGGGAAAUCAUGGGCAAUUUUGCAGUCGACACUCUAGACUUGGCUGAUAUCGAAUGGUCACCUGAUGAUAGUGCUAUAGUGAUAUGGGAUUCACCACUUGAUUACAAGGUUCUAAUAUAUUCUCCAGACGGAAGGUGCCUUUUCAAGUAUCAAGCAUAUGAAAGUGGAUUAGGGGUUAAAAGUGUGUCCUGGUCUCCUUGUGGUCAGUUUCUGGCUGUGGGCAGCUAUGACCAGAUGCUGCGGGUUCUGAAUCACCUAACUUGGAAGACAUUUGCAGAGUUAAUGCACCCAUCUACAGUCCGUGGUCCUUGUUAUGCUGCUGUUUUCAAAGAAGUAGAUGAGCCACUACAACUUGAUAUGUCUGAACUAUGUUUGAGUGAUGAUUUUUCCCAAGGGCAUGAUGAUUCUCCUGAAGAACCCUUUAGAGUCAGGUAUGAGGUUAUGGAAGUUCCUAUCAAUUUACCAUUCCAAAAGCCUCCUGCCGAGAAACCUAACCCCAAACAAGGAAUUGGUAUUUUGUCAUGGAGCACUGAUAGCCAAUACAUAUGUACUCGUAAUGAUAGUAUGCCUACAGUACUUUGGAUAUGGGAUAUUCGUCAUCUUGAGCUUGCUGCAAUAUUAGUGCAUAAGGAUCCUAUCAGAGUGGCAGCUUGGGACCCAACAUGCACACGCCUUGUUCUUUGCACCGGAAGCACUCACUUGUAUAUGUGGACCCCAUCUGGCGCCUAUUGUGUUCAUGUUCCUCUAUCGCAAUUUACUAUAACAGACCUGAAAUGGAAUUCUGAUGGCAGUUGUCUACUUCUUAAGGACAAGGAGUCAUUCUGCUGUGCAGCUGUACCCUUGUUGCCAGAAUCUAGUGAGUACAGCUCAGAUGAUUGAUGAUCACGAGGGAAUGAAACAAAAUGAUGGUAAAAUAUGAAUGACCCUGUAUUUCUGUGCAUCUGGUAGACAAGACUCCAAGGUUUAAGAUCAUACAAAGUCCUGUUGGUGUAAGGGUGUGUUUGGCUGGAGUAUUUUAAGAAGGGAAAGUAAUUUUCAAGAGAAAAAGAAAAGGCUUGGUUGUUAUUGUUGCCUCCAAUUGAUCAGGGAAACUAUGGUGAUCAAGCAUUUUCAGGAGGGGCAAUGGAGCAAAGCUAUGUAGUAGCAUUUGGAAAAAUUCAAUGGCCAUCUCGGCCCUUGUUGUAGGAGCAUAGAUUAAAUUGAACAUUAAACAGCAUUCUGCUUUCCUGUUUGAUUUUUAAGGUGUAAUGCUGUUGAUUGCAAUGCCAUCUAUUUAUCUAUGAUAUUUUAAACUUAAAGUGCAAGUUAUGAUUUUGCCUCGUCAA